GCCAUUUUGCCUUUACCGGUACCACGAUACUGCGGUGCGGACUGCGGUUAUAGCUACUAACUAUUCCAGUAUUCAUUACAAAUAUUCGUGGUUUUGAGUUAAUUUUGGGACAAAAUUAAAAUACUUUCUUUAUAUAAAUCGCAAGACUAACAUCACGUUCGUGACCUUUCUACUAAGAGGCGGGCAUCAGUAAUAUAGUCCUCACGCAGCAUUAAACAUGUCCGUCGACAAGGAGGAACUGGUGCAACGCGCCAAGCUUGCGGAGCAGGCUGAGCGAUACGACGACAUGGCGCUUGCGAUGAAAGAAGUCACCGAGACCGGGGUCGAGCUCAGCAAUGAAGAAAGAAACCUCCUAUCUGUUGCCUACAAGAACGUCGUAGGCGCCCGGCGGUCGUCAUGGCGGGUAAUAUCCUCAAUCGAACAGAAAACCGAGGGAUCAGAAAGAAAACAACAAAUGGCAAAGGAAUAUAGGGUUAAAGUAGAAAAGGAACUCAGAGAAAUCUGCUACGAUGUUCUGGGUUUACUGGACAAACACCUUAUCCCUAAAGCUAGUAAUCCAGAAAGUAAAGUAUUUUACCUUAAAAUGAAAGGUGAUUACUACAGGUAUCUCGCAGAAGUGGCCACAGGAGAAACCAGAACAUCUGUUGUAGAGGAUUCACAGAAAGCAUACCAGGAUGCCUUUGAAAUUAGCAAGGCGAAAAUGCAACCCACACACCCAAUCAGGCUGGGUCUCGCUUUAAAUUUCUCAGUUUUCUAUUAUGAGAUUUUAAAUGCACCAGAAAAAGCGUGUCAGCUCGCCAAACAGGCGUUUGAUGACGCGAUCGCAGAACUGGACACGUUGAACGAGGACUCGUACAAAGACUCUACCCUCAUCAUGCAGCUGCUGCGAGACAAUCUGACUCUGUGGACGUCAGACACACAGCUGGAUGGUGACGAGCCAGCCGAGGGCGGCGACAACUAAGGCCGCCGCGCCGCAGCACCCUCCCACCACACGCAUUUGUUCUCAUCGGUGUUUAACGAGUAACAUUCGAGAUCGCCGCGCGAGCCGUCGCUUGUAAAAUAAUGUUAAAAAUGUCGUACGCAGCGGACCUUGCGAUCCGUCUAAAAUUAAAUGUUAUGUGUCACCCUUGACGGUUUUGUAUUUCUGUAUUUAAACUGUAUUACAGAUAUCGAGCUGACCUGAUGAAUAUAAAUAUUUAUAACUUAAGUUAUUAAAAUUACGGUUUCUUAAGUUAAAAGUGUUUUCCUUUAUAAUACAGUGUAACAAACAGCCCGGUCGGCCCCCGAAUAACAUUCCGUUCGACAAUUGUCAGCAGUGAGUCGAUACAAAGAUGGUGAAUGUUUUAUAAAUUAUGCAAUUAUUAGUUGUAUGAAAAUUGUUAAAUUAUACCCAAUAUACUGAUAAAAGAUA